AUGCCCUACAAAAUGGAAAUCUUUACCGACGGCGGCUGCCGCAACAACGGCCAACCCGGCGCAACCGGCGCUGCCGCCGCCGUCUUCCAAUUCCUCAACCGCACCCAAACCUUGACACGAUAUCUCAGUGAGGCCGAAAGCCCGACUAGCCAGCGCGCCGAGCUGACAGGGAUAAUCAUUGCGCUGGAGGAAGCGCUGCGGAAGUACAACCGUUUAUACUUUUACCCUUACCUGCAAGUCACGAUCUAUUCGGAUUCGCAGUACGCGGUCAGAUGUAUGACAGUGUGGCGUGCAACCUGGGUGCAGAAUGGCUGGCGAAAUUCAAAUGGAGACCCGGUUGCCAAUACAGAUCUGCUGUGGGAGGCUCUACAGUUGCAGGAAGAGAUUGAGAAGAACGGUGUUGUUCAUUACGCUUGGAUCCCUCGGACCCAAAAUACCAUGGCUGAUGCUGCGGUGAAUCAGCGGCUGGAUCAGCGGUAUUGA